GCCAGUAGUUAGGUGUCCGGAAGGCAGGGGCGGGUCAGCUUCCGAAUGCCAGAGUUUACAAGUUAGCCGGCUUCUGAGGGAGGAGAGCCUGUUGGGGAACACUGAAAUAAGAGCCUCAAAGGACAGUCUUGGAGUGCAUUUUCGUUAGUUACAGGAAAAAUGGCUGCCCUUAAAAGCUUGGAAACCAAAGGCAUCCUUACUUCGACCCCAAUCCGAGGAGCAGGAGAUGGAAUGGAAACAGAGGAGCCCCCUAAGUCUGUUGAAGUCCCCUCUGAAGUCCAGCCCCUAAAUCAACAUGUCCUUCAGAGUCCUCGUAAGAAAGUCCCCUCAGACAGCCCAGGAGUCCUUCAGCUCGGAAAGAUUCUCACUGAAAAAGCAGUGGAAGUUGAAGCUGUGAGGAUCUUUGUUCCCAAAGCUGCCAUCACCCAUGAUAUCCCCACCAAAAAUGCAAAGCUUAAGUCUGUAGGCUCUCACCGAGAAGAACUCCACCCUCAGCCAGAGGUAGCCCCAGACCCCAGGAAGGAACUCUCAGAGGCAAAGAAGAUUACAGAAAAGCUCAAGAGUUCUGAGAGGAGGCUACUCCAGGACAAAGAAGGCCUUUCCAACCAGCUCCGGGUGCAGACAGAGAUAAACCGUGAGUUAAAGAAGUUGCUGGUGGCUUCUGUUGGAGAUGACCCGCAGUAUCACUUUGAACGUCUAGCCCGGGAGAAGAACCAGCUCAUCUUAGAAAACGAAGCCCUAGGUCGAAAUACAGCCCAGCUUUCCGAACAGUUGGAGCGGAUGUCAAUACAGUGCGAUGUGUGGAGAAGCAAGUUCCUCGCAAGCAGGGUAAUGGCGGACGAAUUAACGAACUUCAGAGUAGUUUUACAGCGUCAGAACCGAGACGCCCACAGCGCCAUCCAGGAUCUCCUGAGUGAACGGGAGCAGUUUCGCCAGGAAAUGGUCUCUACCCACAAGUUUUUGGAGGAGCUCUUGGUCUCCUUGCAGUGGGGAAGAGAGCAGACGCACACCCCUAACACACAGCCCCACAGCACAGCAGGGCUGGCACUUGCGAACCACAAGUUGGCAGAAGCCCUGCACGCUCAUCUUCUGGGAAAUGUUGGCACUAGCAAUCAAAAGAAGAUUCCAGCAGCAGUAGAAUUUGUCAGUACCCCGGCUGAGAAAAUGGCAGAAAAGGUUCUACGUAUUUUGGACCCCGUUACCUGUACAGAAAGCUCACCGGACAACCCAUUUUCUGAAUCUUCACCAGCCACAUUACUCACUACAAAGAAAAAUAUUGGACGUUUCCAUCCCUAUACCAGAUAUGAAAAUAUAACUUUCAAUUGCUGCAAUCAUUGUAAGGGAGAACUCAUUGCUCUUUAGUGUGUAGUGUAUUGGAGGCGUACUUAGUACCCAAGAUUCAUUAUUUGGGAACUGGGGUUCUUGUGCUAGAAAUAAAAACAAUUCAUCUUUAUAUGAUAUAUAUCCACAAAGCUAUUUCAUGGACUAGAUUCCAGAUUAUUUUUCUUAAGAAAUGUCUCAGGGUAAAAAAAAAAAAAAAAAAAAAAAAGUGAAGCUAUGUAGAUAUAUUUAAAGUACAAAAUACUUCCCAGAUAGUUCACAGUGUGGGUAACUUUCUUUUAGGCCCUAAAUUAUUACUUUUUGUUAAAUAUUUUAUAUAAACUAUAAACAGGUUUCAUUUUGGUGCGUAAAACAAAAUCAGGCAAACUACAGCCGUCCGUUGGAUAUGGCCACAUCCAUCCCUUUCCUGUGGCCUGUGCUGUGAAGAAGGAUGCUUAAAAGAAAUCCCACACUAGCUCAGAAUUGAGUAUAAUAGAGGGUUAUUUAUUUAGGGGUAGCCUCAGAGAUCACAAUCCUCUGCCGGAAUGGAGAACAGCAACCGAAUCCCGCAGCCGAAAAGAGGCCGGAUGCACGCUUUACAUCAGCAUAUAUAGUAUAAGAAGCCACGCCCAAGUGGGCGGGUAACUUAAAGGCCACUGGUGGUGGGAAUUCUUACAGCAAAGUUGUGUUCCUGUACAGCAGCAGAGUUCAGUGUGGGGCUAUAAAAACCCAUUCCUUCAGAGAGCGUGUUUGCUAGUGUAAUGACUGAGGUACAGGAAGCAUUCUCUUUGUGCACAUUUGGGGUAUAAAAGACGCCUUCAGAAACACUGGGGUAAAGGGAUGGAUCUUUCCAAGCAAAUAUAUUAGGAAAAUAAAAAGGUCUUUUUGAGCUACAACAAAAGUGUUCCAUGCUGUUUGUUUUUUGCAAGGUGCUCUGUCUUCUGCAUGGUUGCAGAUAGACAACCUACAGGAAACAGAUUCCUAAUAGUGACUCAUAAUGGCGUGUGCAGUACAACAGGAGUAUCUAGUUUGUUAAUAUGAUGGAAGAUGAGUUUCUAGGGAAAUGUAAUGCAUUAAUUUACAUAUAUUAUGUAAUAUAUUAUUAUAUAAUGUAUCAUAAGAUGCCCUUUUAUUGUUUUUUAAGUGUUCAUAAAAAUCUAUCAUCAAAAAAAAAAAAAAAGAAAUCUUCAAAAGGCAAAUCUGGCCAAAUCAAAAUAUACUUUAGUGUCAAAACCUACUGUUUUUGUCUGACUCUUCUGAGCCGUAUUUAUAGGUUUCAAUGGGAAUAAACUUCUCUAGU